AUGCUCUUACCUGAUUUACAUCCAUAUACCAUACUAUUAUCGAUUUUUAUUGUGCUCCUAUUAAAGCAAUUGGUGGCAUCUAUUGGCAAAUCCACAAUCAAAGAGUUUGUUUGGUUGGUGUAUUUAAAGGUUUCCUCAAAUCAAUCUAUAAAGACUUACAACUCUAAACAACAUGAAUUGCACGAAACAAACAAAGAGAAACGAGCAAUCAGUGCCCAGGAUGAAUAUGCAAAGUGGACCAAAUUAAAUCGUCAAGCCGACAAAUUGUCAGCCGAGUUGCAAAAGCUCAAUCAAGAAAUCCAGCAGCAAAAAGCAUCUAUUGAUAAAGUUAGCAACGCAUUGUUAUUGGUGUUGACCACUUUACCAAUAUGGGUUGCCAGAGUCUUGUACAGAAAUACUCAUUUAUUUUACAUAAGACAGGGCAUCUUUCCAAAAUAUGUUGAAUGGGUGUUGGCUUUACCAUUUUUGCCCAACGGUGCCGUUGGAUUGACCAUUUGGAUGUUUGCGGUUAACUCAGUUGUGAGCAACUUUGCAUUUUUAGUUAGCUUUCCGUUUGCAAAGAAAGUUUCAAAGCCAGUUAGAGAUACAAAGAUUGAAUAG